GACUUACUGAAUCCAUUGUUUACAAUCGCAACGACAUGCGAUAGCAUGGAAGAUGGAAAGAUAACAAAGGCACUAUUGAAAACUCGAAGUGGGGAAUUUGAUAUUGAGAGUAUCCAUACCCUCAACCUCCGCGACUGUGGCCUAAGUGAUCUCGGCUGCAUAAGCGAAUGUUCACAAUUAGAGAGACUUAACCUUUCCAGAAAUGAUCUAUGCAAACUAAAUAAGCUAGCAGGACUAGGGAACCUGACCAUUUUAAACCUGUCGGGAAACCGGAUUACCAACCUAGAAGGUCUACAAGCCCUGGAAAACCUUCAGUCUGUUAAUUUGGCAGGGAAUUUAAUAGGAAGUAUAAACAGUCUGAGAUGUUUGACAGCCCUGGACAAGCUGGAGGAAUUGAGACUUCACGACUCUCUGAGGGACCUGAGUAACCCUCUCUGUCACAGUCCAAUGUACAGGAGGGAUGUCUUAGACAUGCUGCCCAACCUUAAAGUCCUAGAUGGUGAGAGAAUUCUUGGCCUUGGGAGUGAUGUGUUUUCUAUGUGCCGUGACAUCGAGGAGGCAUUGGACAAGAGACAGAACAGCAGCAGCCAGCUGGUCUCUACCCCCUCCCCCUGGGUGCCAGAUGAUUAUUUCCAGCCCACAACAAAGUUUGAAGAGUCCCACUUAGGAGAUGCAAAAGAGCAGUUAGAAACCUUGUUAUCAUCCUGCAAAAUGUCUGUUGACAAAUCGGAGGAUAUUCUACUGAAGUUGAAGAGUUCAACUUAAUAGCUAUUAUAAACUACAUGUAUGUGGAUUAUAAGACAUUCGUAAUGUACAAAUGCUAGUGAUAACUGUUAACUGUUAAAUAUCUUUGUUUCAGUAUAACAUAGUGUGAUCAUAAUUUCAUGGACAGUGGUCAUCAUGAUUUCUGGAAUCUAAGACUGAGAAUGCCCACUUUUUAUCUGGCAUAACAAACAGUCAGCUCAUGUUUGUCUGUUGUUCUUAAUGGAACACAUUUUACUCUUUUUCUGCUACAACAUAAAUAUUAUUAUAGAAAAGAAAAAAGAAGUUGGAAUACCUUAAUCUAAUCAGUCUUCUAUCUAACAAUACGGUGUUUUACAUUCCAUACUCAACUGGAAUUACAUGUACUAACUAUUUUACUUGAAGAUACAUGGAGUUUUAUUCUUAUGUAAUGAUAAAAAUUUGUAUACAUGUAUUUUAAUACAGUGUAUAUACCUGUUAAAGUACUUU